GGCGAGGCAGCGGCUACUUCCUCGUCUGCCCUGCUGCGCGCUCUGGACAGCUCUGUCGGCCGCGGGGCGAGGCGGGGCGCUGCGCCGAGCUGCUCUGCCUGCCUCUGCUCGUCCGGGUGCCCAGGGUGGACGCAGGUCCUUGAAGGCGCACCACUGCAAACCAGACAUAAAGAAACUCUGAGGCACCCGGAGUGUCGGCUGGAGGGGCGUUCGGUUGGCUUUUCGUGCGUGGUCUUUAGAAAUCAGCCGCUCCAGGAAGAGAGAUGUCGAAGCCGCCACCCAAACCGGUCAAACCAGGGCAAGUUAAAGUGUUCAGAGCUCUUUAUACGUUUGAACCCAGAACUCCAGAUGAAUUGUACUUUGAAGAAGGUGAUAUUAUCUACAUUACUGACAUGAGUGAUACCAAUUGGUGGAAAGGCACCUCCAAAGGCCGGACGGGACUCAUCCCAAGCAACUAUGUGGCUGAGCAGGCAGAAUCCAUUGACAAUCCAUUGCAUGAAGCUGCAAAAAGAGGCAACUUGAGUUGGUUGAGAGAGUGUUUGGACAACCGAGUAGGUGUUAAUGGCUUGGACAAAGCUGGAAGCACCGCCCUGUACUGGGCUUGUCACGGGGGUCACAAAGAUAUAGUGGAAAUGCUAUUUACUCAACCAAACAUUGAACUGAACCAACAGAACAAGUUGGGAGACACAGCUUUGCAUGCUGCUGCCUGGAAGGGUUAUGCAGAUAUUGUCCAGUUGCUUCUGGCAAAAGGUGCUAGAACAGACUUAAGAAACAAUGAGAAGAAGCUGGCCCUGGACAUGGCUACUAAUGCUGCCUGUGCAUCUCUCCUGAAAAAGAAACAGGGAACAGAUGCAGUCCGAACAUUAAGCAAUGCCGAGGACUAUCUUGAUGAUGAAGACUCAGAUUAAUUCCUUUCCAGAGCUUUGAGAUCUAAAACUUGUGUUGCUUUUGCCAUUUCAAAACCUUGUCUUUGCCAGAAGAGUGUUGGUAACUGUAAAAAAAAAAAAAAAAAAAAAAAAAAAGUCUAUAUGAACGUGGCAGCAUUGCACUGUUUGAAUAAAACAUGUAAAUGAAUAGUUCUCACCUUCAGUUUGCCAAUAAGUGACUGGAUAUUUUGCUGUAUAAAGUACAUUUUUGUUCACCAGAGUAGAACAAGAAGAUAUUAUUUCUAUUUAUCAAGCUUAAAGGAAUUUUAAGAAUUUUUUUCUUUAAAAAAAUCGGGAUUUUUUUUUUAAGUUCUUUACCUCAAGGAUUGAGAUAUUUUGAAUGGAUUUUUCAAGGGGGGAAUGCUUAUUAUAAUAAUAAACCGAAAGACUUAAUAGAAAAUCGUCAGCUAUUCUGACAAAAAUAAACAUUUUAAGAGACUUUAUUUCCUUUGUUUUGUGGUAUCACUCUUUGCUGGUAAAUAAAUAAAGCUUUUUAUAUUUAUAUUUAGGUAAAGACUGAUUUGAUUUUUUAAAUAACAUUUUGUAUUAUUAACACAGAAGAAUCAUAGUAGCCAAAUUUUCUUUCUUUUUUUUUUCUGGAUACAGCGUAUUUUAUUGAUGGUACAUGACAAAGUAGGGCUCCCUAAGCCCCUCCUCUUCUUUAGGGGGUCUGGGAUGGAAACCGUGGAGGUCGGGAGAUUCUCAGUGUCUUGGGGGAUCGAGUUGGCAUAGUAGCCAAAUUUCUGUUCAGCCUUCUAUAUCUGCUUUGAUUAAAGUGAAGACAACAGUCAUUGAGGAGAUACAUUUCUAAUAAACUUUAAUAAUUAUGCGACUUUCAA